AGUCUAAUACUAACAGAUCUAGUGAAGAGUGAAAAGAAAGAGAUGAGAGAAGUGGAGAAAUCGAUUUAGAACAAAGCACCAAGCAUAGAGAACACUAUAUAUAUCUAUAAAUCAUGAUGACCAACAUCAUAAAUGAAACUGUUAUCGCGAACAACAAUGUUAUUUUGAUUGUGUCAAUUUUUUACGAUCUUUUGACAUGUAUUAAAUGCAACGCCAUAUUCAGAACCGACAUCCUAUCAUCUAUAGUCGAAGCGUCGAACAGUUUGGAAACAUCGAAUAAUGUGAUACUAAAGGAAACGAAAUGCGAUGAUAUCUGUUUAUCACCUGAAUGCAUUCACAUAGCCUCUCAAGUACUAAAAAACAUGAAUCCUAAAGUGGAGCCCUGUGAUGAUUUUUACAAAUUCGCCUGCGGUGGCUUCCUCGAAUCCACUUUUAUUCCUGACGACCAAAAUACGGUGAAUACGAUCUCUACUAUAAAUGACAAUAUUCAGAAACAACGACGGCUCAUUCUCGAGCAGGACAGUCCACCAAACGAAUUGAGACCAUUUAAACUUGCCAAAGACUUCUACAAAUCUUGCAUUAAUAAAACCGCUAUCGAGCAGAGAGGCUUGACAUUAUUAUUGAACAACCUAAAGGAACUCGGUGGCUGGCCCGUUUUGGACAGUGAAGGAUCAUGGAACGAGAAUGACUUUACUUGGAUGGAUUCAGUCUACAGAUUCCGCAGAUUUGGGCAUUCCUUUUGUUACUUCAUUGGUUUUAAAGUAAUGAAUUCUUACAACUCAACAGAGAAUUAUUCAAAACGUUGGAUCAGCCUCUUUCGCGCAUCGUUCGGUCUUUCGCGCAAAUAUUUGAUUAACGGUUUGGACGAUAAAUUCGUCCAAGCAUAUUAUGACUACAUGGUGGACAUUGCUGUUAUUCUCGGAGCUAAACUAAGCCAAGCCCGCACUGAACUAAAAGAAUCACUUAAAUUUGAAAUUAAACUCGCGAAUAUUUCCUUCGAUGAGAAACCAUCGCCCAACAAUUCCAUGACUCUGAAUCAGCUGUCUGCUGCCUAUCCUAGCAUACCGUGGCAGGAAUACUUUAACACCAUCCUGGCACCGCAAGGACAACUCAAUCAGAACGAUACAAUUAGCGUGCAUCACCCAGGGUAUCUAAAGAAUUUCAUACUGCUGAUUAGCACGACACCGAAAAGGGUGCAGGCAAACUACGCGUUCUGGAGAGCGAUUGCUGCAACGAUCAAAUAUUAUGAAACGGAUGACAUCUGGAAGAUUCGGCUGAAGUACUUAAGUAACUUGAAGUUAAACGGUAAGCAAAAUAGGCAGCCGAGAUGGAAAGAAUGCAUCGACAUUGUUUCCGAAGGAAAGAAACUUCUGUAUAUUAGCGUCGAGUCGAUGUACGUGCGAAAAUAUUUUAAAGAGGACGCGAAGAAAAUCGUACUUGAAAUGGCCAAUGAUGUUAAACAGGAGUUUACAAUGAUCCUGAAGAAGGCGGAUUGGAUUAAUGAGGAGACUAAAAGUUACAUUUUAGAAAAAACAGCUGUAACGACUUUAAAUAUUGCAUAUCCAGAUGAACUGUUGAAUGAUAGAAAGCUCGAAGAAUUUUAUGAGAAACUUGAAUUGAAUGCUGACGAUUAUAUAGGAAACAUUUUUAACCUGUCUAACUUUGAAACAAAUCUCGAAUUCAGUAAACUGAGACAGCCAUGGAAUAAGACAGAAUGGAUAAAGCGUGUAAAGCCGGCUGCUGCCAAUGCGUUUUACUUAUGGCUCGAAAACGAGAUUGAAGUGAACGUGGGUAUUAUGCAAGGCAUAUUUUUCAACGAUGAACGGCCACAUUACAUGAACUAU